UAAAUGCAGACAAUAAUGUCAUUAUUUUAAUUUCAACUUCCUUUUCUUUGAUUUAACUGCAAAAUACUUUCGACAGCCUGAGUCAUCUUUUAAUGUGUUACAGAGGUAAAAGUAAACACCACAUCAACUGAUACAAAUCUAUACCUACUGCAAGCGAUGAUGCAGAGUGAUGCAGACAAGCAUAAGCGUCAAAAGUUUUUUUGUUUUUUUUUUGAGCUCAUCUUUGUCAACCCACUUCCUUUUCUGCUUUUACCCCAUUUACCGGCAUUGGUUAGUCAAAGCACGACUUCCACAACCAGACCCAGGAUGGAUCGGCUUAAUUUCACUGCUGCUCCUUCCAACUUCUCCUCACUGGAACAUCUUCCUUCUCCCUUAUGGAUCUCCAAAGCUGUCAUCCCCUCGGUGGUCUUGUCCAUCUGUUUGAUGCUGGGAGUUCCUGGAAACAUUGCUGUGAUUCUUCUCAAGCCUAACUGGAAGAAUAUGUCCAGUAUGAGCCGGAGCUUGAUGCUGAAUUUGGCCAUUUCUGACCUCAUCUGCUUGUUGACCCUUCCACCUUGGAUUUACAAUUUACUCCACAGUUGGACAUUUGGUGUGGUGAGCUGUAAGCUUCUGUCAGGUCUUGUGUACUGCAGUGUUUAUGGCAGCCAGCUCACAGUGACUGCAGUUAGCGUUCAGCGCUACCUUGUGGUGGUUCGCCGUAUAGACUGCAAACAGGUGCAAAAAACAGUGCUGCUGGGUGUGAUCUGGCUGGUUGCUCUCCUCCUAUCCAUCCCUACUUUUGUUGUUCGACAGGUAAAAGAACAGAGACUGAAACGUUGCAAACCCGAUUAUUCUUCCGAUGCCCAGAGGGUAGCACUUUUGCUGACAGAGGCCACGGUGGGGUUUGCUUCCUUAUCUCUGGUGGCAUUUACAUACAUUAGUCUCCACAGGAAAGUUAGUCAUGGAACCUUUUUCAAGAAUCGACAAACAACCCGACUGGUUACCUGUAUCAUCGUCUGCUUUUUUGUCCUGUGGGUUCCAUAUCAGGUCAUAAAUCUGCUGGGCGUGGCAGCUAUUUGUCUCCAGAGUAAUAUCCUGUUGAAAUUUUGUAGAAAUGCAUGGAACGUUACUGGAGCGCUAUCAUUUGUAAAUAGUUGCAUCAAUCCACUCCUCUACGCCUUUACCUCUGAAAAGGUUUGCACUGUUUGCCUAAAAAAGGAUCCAGAGCAGCAGAAUUCCAGAAAUCUCCGAACAACAGAUAUGAGUACAACUUCUGAGCCUUGAACAGAAAAGGCAAAAGGAUGAGUGGAUGAGGAAUACAUCUGUGCUGGACUUGAUCAUCCAGAGCUUGCAUCCGUCUCUGCAGUUUCAGAAGAUUUUCACUGAGCCGUAUCUCUCUCUCAUUAUUGUUUUUAUUCUAAACAACAAUGUCUUUCUAUCGUUCUAUAAAGAGACAUUUUUGUGCUUUUUCUCCUCCUAUAUAUAACUGGAAUUGAAGAACAGAAAUGUGUACUAAACUCAUGGGAAUCUAAAAAAAUAAGCACCUAUCUAACUAUAUGAAAUGCAAAAAGAAGAUGAUUAAAUGUAGUUGCAAAGCUUUGUAAACAGCUGGGUUGAAUUUAAACUUUUUUGCAUCAUGCAAUCUGU